AUGAGCGAGCGAGGGAGGUGCGAGCGAGGGAGGCGCGAGCGUGGGAGGCGCGAGCGUGGGAGGCGCGAGGGAGGGAGGGAGCGAGUGAGGGAGGUGCGAGUGAGGGAGGCGCGAGUGUGGGAGGCGCGAGUGAGGGAGGAGCGAGUGAGGGAGGGAGGUGCGAGUGAGGGAGGGAGUCUAGUAAAGUGCUAUGUCCUGUGUUCUCAGUCUGGUAAAGUGCAGGCUGAUAACUGCGUGGGCCGCUUCCUCAUGGACCUGGUGAACAAAGUGCCGACGAUCGCUGCCGACGAGUUUGAAAACAUGCUCAACUCUAACAUCAACGACCUGCUGAUGGUGACGUAUCUGUCCAACCUGACCCAGGCUCAGAUCGCUCUGAACGAGAAGCUGGUGCUGCUCUGA